AGGCUGAGCCCCCGCGCUGCCAUGGAGCCGCAGGCACGCGGCCUGUUGGAAACUCAGUCAUUCCAUGAAACAGAUGAAGAUGUAGUCACUGAUGUUGAUUUCACCAAUAUGAUUUCUGAAGAAGAAAAAGAAGAGUUAAAGAUUGAGCUAGCCAAGCUAGAGGAUGAAAUUUCAACUUUGCGGCAAGUGCUAGCAGCCAAAGAGAAGCACCUGGUUGAAAUUAAACAAAAACUUGGCAUAAGUCUGAUGAAUGAACUGAAGCAGAACUUUAGCAAAAGCUGGCAUGAUAUGCAGACAACUUCUGCUUACAAGAAAACACACGAGACUCUGAGCCAUGCAGGGCAAAAAGCAACAGCAGCUAUCAGCAAUGUAGGAACAGCUAUCAGCAAGAAGUUUGGAGAUAUGAGAUCGCAUUCAAUUGGCUAUUCUAUUCGCCAUUCCAUAAGCAUGCCUGCAAUGAGGAAUUCUCCAACUUUUAAAUCAUUUGAGGAGAAGGUUGAAACCACUGUCACAAGCCUUAAGACCAAGGUUGGUGGGACAAGCCACACAGGAGGCAGUUUUGAAGAAGUUCUCAGCUCUACAGCCCAUGCCAGUGCUCAGAGCUCCCUUGCUGGCACCCGACUCCCUGAAAGUGAAGAAGAGCUUCAGUGUUAA